ACCCAACCAUUGAAACCUCAUCCAUUCAUUGUUUAUCAAACCCUACUCGAUAUCUAAACAUUCCAAAAAAUAAUGAGAAUUGCUAAUUUUCUCGUACCUCUUUCUAUCUUGGCUUUGGCUUUGUCAGUCGCCCUUGCUUAUGAUCCUAGCCCUCUACAAGACUUCUGUGUGGCAACCGAUGAUACUUCCUCUGGAGCAUUCGUAAAUGGAAAAUUCUGCAAGGAUCCAGAGCAUGUAACAGCAGACGAUUUUUACCAUACUGGACUUAAUAUUGCUAGGCCGACAUCAGACCAACUCGGAGUCCGUACAAAUCUUUUAACAGUAGAAGAAAUACCAGGACUCAAUACAUUAGCACUAUCCAUUGUUCGAAUUGACUUCGAAGCAGGCGGAGUCAACCCGCCACACCAUCACCCUCGAGCAUCUGAAAUCAUAACAGUAUUGGAAGGAACUCUUUAUGCUGGUUUCAUUACAGGAAAUCCUGAUCAUAAGGCUUUUGUCAAAAUUUUAAAAGCAGGAGAUGUUUUUGUAUUUCCAUUUGGAUUAAUUCACUUCCAGUUCAAUAUUGGUAAAAGCCCUGCAGUCGCUAUAGCAGCAUUAAACAGUCAAAAUCCAAUUGGUAAAAGCCUGCAGUUGCUAAUAGGCCGCAGAUUAAGACAGUCAAAAUCCACGGAUGGUUUACUUCAGCAAAAUACCAUUCUUAUGGGAGCUGUUCUUCUCUUAAUCUUCAAACUUUUUGGCAAGAGCUUUCCAUCUUGA